AUGUGGCUUGCCAGACACGUCGCGUCACUGACCCUGCUAGCGACGGCUAUUAACCAUGCUGCUUGUCAGGAGCAAAAGCCACUGACAGACGCCAUAGCUUCCAAGCCAUUCUUCACCGUUCGCGAACAGUCCUCCGAUCUUUGUGAUGCUGGAUCCCGGCAAUGGACAGGCACUGUCAAUGUCACGGCUGAUAAGUCAAUGUUCUUCUGGUACUUUGAAAGCCGCAACAAGCCUCAGACAGACCCUUUGUUGUUAUGGAUGAGCGGUGGACCUGGCGCAGCUGGAGAGAUGGGUCUCUUUAUGGGCAGUGGACCUUGUGUCGUCAAUCGAGACGGGAACUCAACCCGUCGCUCGGAAUACUCUUGGACUGAUCAUGCUAACGUUGUCUACAUCGAUCAACCUGUGGGUGUCGGUUUCUCAAAAAUCGCAGACCGUGAUGAUAUUGCCGUUAGUCUCGAACAAGGUGCUUGUGAUGUGCACUCAUUCCUCUCAACCUUCUCCCAAGACGUCUUCCCCGAACUCGCAGGUCGACCUUGGCACAUCACCGGCGAAUCCAUGGGCGGCCACUAUGUGACAGGCUACACCCAGCACAUUGCUUCCAAAGAACAAGAUAACGCGAGGCGCGGCGUUGAGCCACACAUCAACAUCUCAUCUGCAAUUAUCGUGGAUGGCUAUAUAGAUGCAACACGGCAGUUUAUUGGCUACUAUGACUUUUUCUGCAAAGAUUGGGCCAAAGACGGUCGUAAAGCGCCGCUGAUGAAUGACACAGCGUGCUCCACCAUGGCUGCAGCGAUACCAGAGUGUGAAAGACUGGCGAUCCGGUGCCGGGAAUCUUAUGACAUACCCGAGUGCAAAGCUGCGAAUGAAGUCUGUGAGGAGACCAUUGGGGAGUAUUUUCUGGACGGUGUCACAAGGGGAGGCUGGGAUCCCUAUGACGACCGACAUCCCUGCGAAGAACCUCCAAUGUGUUCUAACCUCGACCACGGACCUACAUGGAAGUUCUUGAAUCAACGCUGGGUUCAGCAAAAGCUUGGGUUCGAGAAAUUCCCCUUCGAUCUCAUCGAUCUCGACACCAAUGCGCGAUGGGAUCAGGCUGAAAACAUUCAUUUGCCUGUCACUCGAGAGUUGACCUGGAUUUUGGACAACACGGACAUAGCAGUCUUGUUCAUAAACGGCAAUGAUGACAUUAUCAUGUGA